AUGAAGGGUGUGGGAGAGGAAUCCAAGAAUAAACGAAAGGAACAAAAACCCGAGUCAGCAAAGAGGCACCGCCUCCCUUAUCCCCUUGAGCCUUGCCCUGAUUGGGCGCCACCAAAGCCUCCUGUCUUUCAUCAGAGCUGGGAAAACUCCCUUUCUGAACUUGGCGAUGUGCUUGCAAAGAAAAAGUGCGUGAAGCUUCAUGAGAGAGCUCAGACGCUGGCCAUGGCGCUCCUCAAAAUCCUCGUCCCUCUGCUCAUCGGCUUCUGCGCUUACUAUUACUACCCACAGGAAAAUUUCUCUGCAGAGAUGGUGCGUGGGAUGCGCGUGUUGGUGACGGGUUCCAGUUCGGGCAUCGGGGAGCAAAUGGCCUACGAGUUUGCACGGAUGGGCGCCCACCUGGUGCUGACCGCCCGGAGGGAGGAGCAACUGCGGAAGGUGGUGAAGAAGUGCCAGGACCUGGGUGCCAGUUCUGCCCACUAUGUGGUUGCAGACAUGGGCAACCUGACCGCUGCCCAGAUGGUGGUGGAAGAAACUAAGGCCAAGUUGGGAGGCCUCGACCAACUAGUCCUGAACCACGUUGGGGGAAGCUCCUUUGGUCCCUUCAAAGGAGAAAUUGAGCCUGUGAUCAAGUCGAUGACGGUGAACUUCUUCAGCUACGCCCAGAUGACCAUCUCUGCCAUGGAUCUUCUGCUGGAAUCUAAGGGGAACAUCGUAGUCGUCUCCUCCAUGAGUGGACGUGUCCCAGGCCCCUUCAGUGUCUCCUACUCAACAGCCAAGUUUGCUGUGGAAGGAUUCUUCACCUCGCUGCGUACUGAGUUGCGCCUGCGGAACAUGGACCUGCCCAUCACUGUGGCUGUGCUAGGCUACAUCGACACUGAAAUGGCUGUGAAGACGGUGGGAAACAAAAUCACCCAGAGGCCGAGCCCCAAAGAAGAUUGUGCCCGGCAGAUUGUGAGGGGCGGAGUGUUGCGUUACCGUGAAGUCUUCUAUCCUUACUUGGCGCUGAAGCCUACCCUGAUCUACAAAGAGCUGCUGCCCGAACUUUUGGACCAAGUCAUAGGUUACGGCUACAGGCUGGAGAACAUCCUCUAAAACUCGCCAUCCAUGUCUCCCAAAGAUCGGGACUGUUAUGUAAGAUCCCCGUUGGGAGAGUGAGUAUGUUCAGAGAAGCGUUGUGAGAGUUGUGUUGGAGAACACACAAACCA